AUGGCCGACAUUGAAGUGGAGGAGAAGGCGACCUUGAUGCACAAGCUCAGGCAGUUCCUGCAGUCCAGCUACUUUGACGCGAUCAUCUCGUGCGUCCUCGUCGCCAACGUGUUGUUUCUGGCCGUCCAGCUUCAGAUGGAAGGAUCGCGGAUCGGCUACGAUAUUGACUACUACCCGGCGAAGAACCCAAACGAUAGCAGCUGGCCAAGCAUCCUCGAGGCCCUGCAGUUCGUUGAGCACAUCUUCACAAUUAUCUUCUCCUUGGAUGUGUUCGUUCGCAUUAUUUGCCUGAAGUGCUCCUUCUGGAAGAGCGCGAUGAACUGGAUUGAUUUCAUUGUGGUGACGCUGACGAUCGGCACCCUGGUGCUGGACACGUCCUCACUGCCUUUGGACCCGAUCUUUCUGAGACUGCUGCGACUCGGAAAGUUGGCACGCGCCUUUCGCAUGAUCAUCCUCUCAGGCAAGCUGGAGUCCUUUGGUCUCCUGCUGAAGUGCGUGGUGGCCAGCGUGACCAUGCUCGGGUACGCCACGGGCGUGCUCAUCUUCGUGCAGUGCGUCUGCGGCAUGAUCAUCAGCACCCUCGUCUCGCGGUACUUGGAAGACCCCGCCAUCGACAAGGAGGCACGGAGGUAUGUCUUCCAGUACUGGGGCACCUUCACCCGGACUUUCUUGACCAUGUUCGAGGUUCUCUUCGCUAACUGGGCUCCAGCCUGUCGAUCUUUGACGGACUACGUGAGCGAAUGGUUCACCGUGGUCUUUGUGGGCUACAGGCAACCGAGCUUUGCUACAUAUUAA